ACUUCCACGGGCCCGUCGAACACGGUAUUCGCCUAUCAUAGUUUUUGUCCCCCACUGAAAUCGUUGCAGGUUCGCCAGAAUGGUGAACGACGCGUUCAAAUCUGUGACCUUCAUGCAGUUCUUCGUGAGCACCGCCACCCUGUGCUUCGACCUCUAUCAGCUUACACUGACGGACCUUGACUCCAGCCUCGCCGACAUUGCCCUGUAUGCUUCGUGCACGCUCAUGCAGAUUUUCUACUUCUGCUGGUUCGGGAACGAGGUCAAGCUGAAGAGUCUCGAGGUGCCCGACAUGGUAUUCGAAAGCGAAUGGACGUCAUUGAGCAACAGCACGAAGGAGAUCCUUUUGAUGAUGAUGAGACGGGCUACGGUGCCGAUAGAAUUCUCCAGCCUCCACAUCGUCUCCGUGAACCUCGAGACCUUCAAGGCGGUUCGUACGAAAUUGCUUCUACGUGCAUUUUAAAAACAGACACUUCGCAACCGAUUAAUGAUCGAUGAACGAAGUAACUCGAGCGUGUGUCUAUUUGCCGCAGUUGGUCAAGACA